CUAAUCGCCCGCAGUCCCCUGCCGCUCACCCGACCUUUAUAACGGGAGGCACGAGCCAGGACCCGGCAGGAGGGACGCAGGAGGUGACCCAGAGCCAGGACGACAGCAAGCCAGCCCCACGGACCAUGCUGCUGAACGCUCUGCUUCUCCUCACCCUCCUGGUCACCUUGUCUGUGCCGCCGGCCGAGCCGGCACAGGGCGGCUUCUGGGAGUACCUGAGCCAACUGACGAGCAACAAAGACAGCCCGGAGCAGGGCCAGAGCGGCAAGCUGGGCAGGGAUAUCGCAAGCCUGAAGGAAGGCGUUCCGGAGGGGGUCAGCCGCGUGGGCCACGUCCUGGGGAAGCUGCCGCCCCUCGAGAAAGGCCUCCAGCCGCGGCUCGACCAGGACGCUGCCAGCCUGCGCAAGGUCAUCAGGAAGGAGCUGGAGAGCCUGCGGGUGAAGCUGGCCCCGUACGUGGACGAGGUCCACCACAGGGUCGGCAAGCACCUGGAAGACCUUCACUUCCGUCUGCAGCCGCUGACGGAGGAGCUCCUGGACCAAGUGUCCCUGCGAGCCCGGGAGCUCCGGCGGCAGCUCAUCCCCACCCGGGAGGCCACGGCUCAGCUCCUGGAGGGCGUGGAUGAGCUCCAGCAGUUCAUGGCUCAUUACACCGACAAGAUCUCCUUCCAUGCCGACCAGGUGAAGGACAUUUUCCACCCGUACGCGGACAGGCUGGUGACCGAGAUCCACCGCAACGUGGAAGAGCUGCACAGAAACGUCGUCCCUCACAGCCGGGCCAGCCCCGAGCAGGUCAACCGCUACAUCCAGGAGCUCUCCGCCAAGCUGACUCACAACGCCAGGGACCUGCACCAGAAGAUCCAGAGGAACCUGGAGCAGCUGAAGGCGAAGCUGAGCCUCCCCUCAGGCAGCCCCCGGCAGCCGACGGAGGAGCUGGCGCAGGAGGUGCAGCGGCGGGUGGAGGCGUUCCGCAGGGACACCCACCGCCAGAUCCAGGACUUCACCCGCGCCCUCGACCAGGAGACGGAGGAGAUGAGGCUGAAGCUCUCCUCCUCGCCACCCUCCCUGCUCCCAGAGGAGACCCACGACGGCCCAGUGCCCGUGGAGGAUCUGCGUGCCCGCCUGGAUGCCCUCUGGAGGGACCUGUCCCUCAGCCUGGGCGAGCGGGGCGCGGAGGAUCGCUGA